AUGGCCCCAGCCCGGCACGCGACAUCGCUUAUACACCACGGUUUGUUUAUUUUUGUUGCCGUCUCGCUCGCGCUGCCGAAGGUGAACGAAGGCGCGACGAAGGUGUACGAGAACGCCCGAAGCUACAAUCACGAAGAGAAGAGGUUGACGAGAGAAUAUCACUUGAGACAGGGUGCGUUGAGAGGGCUGAUCGUCAAACCUGGACGGCAGUACGACCUACAGAACGUUGAAAUGUUCCUGGGCAUUCCGUAUGCUGCUGCGCCCGUAGGUACUUUGAGGUUCAUGCCGCCUGUAAGCGCGCCGCCAUGGCCUGGUGUGAAAAUGGCAACUCAUUUUGCACCGGUUUGUCCACAAUCACUUCCUGUGAUUAAAAAAGGGGACCCGCCUUCGUUAGGAAGACAGAACUACAUGAAUAGACUGAAGCAGUUCCUGAAAGAAGAGUCCGAAGACUGUUUAUACUUGAAUAUCUACGUUCCUUACAGAGAACAGAAACCGAAGAAAUUCCCCGUGUUGGUAUUCAUCCACGGCGACUCUUUCGAAUGGAGCUCGGGCAAUCCGUACGAUGGCCGUAUACUGGCUGCGUAUGGCAACAUCAUGGUGAUAACCGUGAAUUUUCGAUUGGGGAUACUGGGUUUCGUGAAGCCAAGUCUAACCGAGCAUGAGUAUGGUAACAACGGAUUGCUGGAUCAAUUGGCGGCGUUGAAAUGGAUCAAGGACAAUAUAGAGGACCUUAACGGUGAUCCCGACUCUGUGACCCUCAUGGGCCAUGGAACUGGGGCCGCCUGCGUCAACUUCCUUAUGCUGUCGCCAAUUUCUAACGCGCUGUUUCAUAGAGCAAUACUGAUGUCGGGAUCAGCGCUUUCUGAUUGGGCUAUGACUAAAGAUCCGGCGCAGUACACAUUGCAGGUCGCCCAAGGCCUUGGUUGUAAUCCAACUUCCAAGACUCUGAUGACGUGCUUACAAAACAAACGAUUGUCGGAUAUUAAGAAAGUGCAAAUACUAGCUCGGGAGUUUGAAACACCGCUUGGACCCACCGUUGCGGGAUAUUUUGUGCCGAAUGAACCGGAUAAAACGAUGGAAUCUUUUCCCAAUUUACUAAGCAAGUAUCAAUUACUGAGUGGGGUAACAGAGUUGGAGAGCUACCACGAUUUUGGCGUAAUAGAACUAGAUCAGGGAAUUUUAGAAAACCAAAGGGACGAUUUCAUUAAGAAAUACACAAAGAUUACAUUUGAUGGCGCCGAAGAUGAAGCCCUGAAAGAUAUUCUCAAACAAUAUUCUAAGUCUAAACUGGACCCGCAGCGUUGGAACGUGGACACCAACCGUGACGUUAUAUUGAACCUCUUCAGUGACGCCAGAACCCUUUCUCCAAUGAUGAGCUUCGCAAACUACCAGUCCAAAGCGAACCGACAAUCUUAUUUCUACGUUUUCGGACAUAACUCGAUCAGCACGGAGUACCGCACAUCUUUUGAUCUCGCGGAAAUGGGCGCUCUCGUUGAAGCAAGUACAACGGUCUCAAUUAAGACCGACGAGAAGGGGAACAUUCGUACUUUUGAAUUUCGAAUGGAGGCCGAGCUUAACAAGAGCGUGCACGGAGAAGAAAUGCCAUACGUGUUGGGCAUUCCGCUGGGUGGUGCCAAGUCGCAUUUCCACACAGAGUAUACACCACAAGAGAAAUUACUCAGCGAGGUUAUGAUGCGGCUGUGGACUAACUUUGUAAAGAACGGAUCACCCAACACGCAAAGUGUCAAUGAAUACUACACACUAGACAGGAAGCAAUGGACGCAAUACAACGUCGAGUGGCCCGAAUACAACGAAGCGCAACAGCCAUUCCUAAAAUUAGACAUUCCACCUUCGAUAAGUAGUUCGUAUAGAAAAAACUUUACAAGUUUUUGGUUAGAUACAUUACCCAAUAAGAUGAAAAGAUACGUGGUCGACCCCUUAUUCGAGUACACUCCAAGAACCACGACUGGAAAACCAAAGCCUACACAUAGAAUUACAGAUCCAUUGAGAAAAAUUUGGUCACCCCAAGUGAUAAAUACGCCGUACUACCACUCUCCUUCUUAUGGUAGAAUCCGACCGUUUGCGCAGCCAGAACACAGGCCAAACACCGAUGUGAUAUAUCGUGAAAUACAGUCAAUAAAAACACCAUCAAAGCCCAUGCCACCUGGGCUAAUUGAGAAAAUCACUCAUGGUAGUUACAGUACCACUCCGAAGCCGGUAUCAUUAAACACAAUGCCAGUAAAAACUUCCAGCGCGACUAUAACUCUAAUCGUUUCCCUCGGAAUUCUUUUCGUUGCCGUUAAUUUGGGAAUAUGCGCCUUAUUGUAUAUCAAGAAGCGGCGAAUUCGGCUACGGGAGAGGGCCUUUGAGCCGGCGCGACAUUCCCGUGCCGAUAUCGGCGAAGUGGAUGUAAUUGGACAAAAAUGUUCAAAGGAAGAUAAGAGCGCUCUACAAACGCUUAAGAAUGGAUGUAGUGUCAUUAAAACGAUCGGUUUUAGCAAAAUGAGGGGCAGUACGAACAGCAAAAAGGUAAAAAAGAAAUCGGAACCGCCCAAAACUCCAAAAUCUGAUGAUUCUGGAGACGACAUCGACGAGGAUGUAGAUGAUGAUUUCCUCGAAGACAUAUCCGAAGAUAAACUUAUUCAAGAGCUAGUAGGAGGGGUGGAGUCACCAACCAGUACAGUUAUUCUGGAUUCUAAAGUGACUACCCCGGCUAGUAAUUUGGACUCUGUUUUGAUUCUUGACUUUACAAGUUGC